GCCGACACCCCAGCAGAUGCAGUGCGUUUGGCCAGCGCGACGCCAAAUGGCGCCGACACCCCAGCAGAUGCAGUGCGUUUGGCCAGCGCGACGCCAAAUGGUUGUUCGGGGUUGGAACUCGCGCAAACCUUGCUGGGUCAACGCUGGCAGUCGCCGGGCGUCCGCAAGGUUGCUGAGGAAACCCUGGUCACCGCAGCCAGGCUCGUAAGGGCCUUUGCCAACCUGGACCGGAGUUUCGUGGGUUCCUCCGCUGGCACACGAGCCGAGUCGACGAGACCUGCGAUUCCGGCUCCGCCUCCUGUGCCGGAGCGUCCAGUGAGCAGGAGGGAAGCGUCUCAGGAGCUGUACCCCAAGAGGGGCGCGAAGCCUCCAGAUCGACGCAAGGAAGAGGACGGAGACAGCGAGGAGAGCGAAGAGGAGCCAGUUGAAGAGGAAGAAAAGGAGCCACAAGAAGAAAACACGAGGUGGCCGAAAGCAUCAGAGGCAUUACAGGGAAGUGGAUCAGCCUUUAAGGAGGAGCCACAGGAGGUUGAAGGGGGCCGACGUGGAGCUAUCCAGCUCUGCGCAUCACGUGUAGACCUGACCGAAGAGCCACCUACACCUGCCGAAAUUCGAGAGCAUUUGGAAAGUCAACCCAAGCCGUCUACUCCCCAGAGCUAUGUGCUUGCCGAAGCAGACUUUUGGAGGCACCGACACGUGCCAGCAGGCUCAGUGAUUUUGUUCCCUGCUGGGUUCGUGGAAGAAUCCGCGCAGGGGGCCUGUGCAGUUUUGGUCAAAGAGAGGGAGUCGCUGCCCGAUGGGAUUUGGCUGAAAGUGCUUUGUCUUGGGACUGAGGUAAAGGAGGUCUAUGCCGACACCGCCAAGUUCUUCAAGAAGGGCAGGGUCUAUGUUCACCUCUGCUACGGCGAAAGGGGGUCUUGCCCUUUGCUGGAAGAAGAGGGGUGCCAUAUCGACUCCUUCGAUUGGUUCCCUCCGGGCAGUUUCGAUGCAAAGUGGCUGUCCAGCAGCGCACGCAAAGCUGUGAAGGAUGGCCCCAAGAUGGCUGCAGAAGAGAAGACCGCCACUGCGGCUGCUGGGCCCCCAAGGACCGCCUUCACCACUUUGGAGGAUCGUCUGAAGAGGUUAAAGGAAGCUCGACAUGUCACCUUCGCUGGCGAUCAGGCGCCGAGCAGAAGGCCCGCGGGCGGUGGAAAUCUGGAGACCUCCCGGGGUGGAACUGGUCUUGGUCGCGCUGGCCACUUGUCUGCGCCGCUGGCCUUGACGGACACCCGCAAAGUGAAGGAGGAGGCAAUCCCGAUAGAGUCAGACUCAGACAAGCCGAAGAAGAAGAAGAAGAAGAAGAAGAAGGCCAAAGAUGUCGAAGACCGACUGGCCAGGGCAGUAUCCGACCGGAGGAGGCGAGAGGAGAAAGCAGUGAAGAAGAGGAGUCGCAGCCGAUCACGGCGAGGCAGGCGACAUGGAAAGAGGAAGCAUCGCCACAGGUCGGACUCGAGAUCACGUUCAGGCGAGAGCAGAUCGAGGGAGUCGAGCAGCAGCUCGGCCAGCCUGGUCCCGCCUUUGAAGAAAAAGUCGCAGAAGGAGCCAGGAUCAGUACUGCGCCUUCUCGAGUCACAGGUGGUGGAGCACUUGGCCCAGGAAGGCGUGCUGGAGGAGGAGUACAUGGCAGACUCCAGCACCGGGAGGAGUCCGAAGAUCUUCACCUUUUUCCAGCUGGCCCUGAAGCCGUCGCUGGACCCAAAGAGCCGAGAUUGCCGCGAGAUCAGCCUUCUCGCCAGGUGUCUCGACAUGUUGAGGGAGGGCCGGCUAGCGAGCCUGGCCGAUGUGUUGGCAGCACGCCUACUAGCAGUGGAAACUGCUACCAGGCAGGGCUGGGCGACAGCCCGGCACCUCGAGGUCUACGGGCCCGAGGAAGAAGGGCCGGUGCGGCCUCACAUCCUGCUCUCAGCACAGCGACACCAACGCCAGGUCGAAAAAGCUGGCGGCAAAGGUUCGUGGCCAAAAGGAGGGCAAUGGAGCUGGUCCGACUGGCAGACCGAUGCUCGCCCAAAAGGCAAAGGAAAGGGCGAGAAGGGCAAAGGCAAGAAAGGCAAAGGGAAGUACAAAGGAAAAGGAGGUGGCGAUCCGAAAGGAGAAGGGGAGAACAAAGGAAAGGUGCCACUUGGAGCCGCCCCGGCGCUGGUCGUGGCGCCAACGGCCAGCGAUGCACAAAUUAAUGCAUGCCCUGCUGGAGUCCUCUCCGUGACAGGGGACCCAACCGCUGGCUCUGUCGGCCGCGCGGUACCUCGCAAUCGUGAGGCCUGGGUAGAGCAGCUACAGAACUGUGGAUGUUUGUCUGAAGUAGGCAUAGCACUGGCAUGGGGUCUCAACGCUGGGUUCCUACCCUUAAAGGAGGGUGGUGCCAGACCUCCACAACCGGCGCGUUCGAGAGAUCGGACUCGCGGGUUGUUUCCUCUGCCGGUGGAAAUCCCUGCUGAGAUAAGCUCCCUGGAUUGCUGGUCGUUUUUAGACCAGAGCAAUCCGGCUUUUUCCAAGCUGGCCGUAGAGUGCUGGCGUUGCGUUUCCUGUGCAGCGCUGAACGCCUAUUAUGGUUGUCACGGAGCUUCAGUUCCGAUCGAGCCCUACGUCACUGGAAGGACGAAGUAUCUCUUGGAGAACCCUUUGGAAUCCCUGCUGGACGUUUCCGAGCGGGGAACGGCAUCAUGCCAGGCGAAGGUUCAUGUGAGGCCUGGCGAGUCUUUGGAAGUGUUCAAGUUGUUGGAGGAUAGGGGGAUUGUUUCCUGGGUCCCCUCUGAAGUGGCCUUCAGCGACAGCAGAGGAAUUAUGCAGCAGAUAUCGCGGCAGGUUCUGCUGAUGCGCGGACUCCCCAAGAGCCUGGAAAUUGAACGUGUCCAUGGGGUCCCCCGCUGGUUCACUUCAACCGUUGCGGCGGCCGAUGGGCACAGAGCAUGGUGGCAAGUCUAUCUGGACAAUUUCAUGGCGGGGGAGUCCAGCAACACUCUUGCACCUUCUAUAGGGAGGUACCUACAGACUGAGGCGAUGCAGGCUUGGACUGGAGCAGGUAUUUUGACGGCACAUGACAAACAAGUGCUGGAAGAAACAAGUGUCGUGGAGCUCGGAAUCAGGUUUGAUGGGUCGGAGAAGUUGCUGGGAGCUUCACCGGAAAGACUGUUCAAAACCCUGCUGGCCACUUUCUUUGUGAUGGAGAGGCCGGGGUGGAGCAAACGAGAGACGCAGGUGAUACUUGGAAGGUGGAUUUUUAUUUUACAAUUCCGCCGCGCUGGCAUGGGAUGCCUUUCGCGCGCGUGGGAGAGCCUGGAACGGAUGCAGCCCACACCGGCACAGCGCAGGACACUGGUGCGGGAGCUUUGCAUGCUUGCUUGCUUGGGGCCCCUGCUGCAGACGGACCUCACCAUGGAGUACGACAAUGAGGUUACCUGCAGUGAUGCGUCUGAGACGGGCGGAGCCGUCGCUGUGACGGACACGCUGUCUUGGUCGGGUCGGUCUUACGUUGACAGGGGCCUACGAAUGGACUAUGGGCCGAUCGAAUGCCCGGUGCUGGUGAUCUCUUGCUUUAACGGGAUCGGUGGUGCCUUCCGAGUUUAUGACGUGUUGGGCGUCAAGCCGUUGGGGCUAGUGUCGAUAGACAUCUGCAAGGAAGGCAACCGAGUCACCAGAAGUACGUGGCCCCAAGUGGAGGAGCUGAUGGAUAUCAACUUGGUGACAAAGCGUGACGUCCAACGCUGGGCAAAUUGCUUUGCCCGUGCGUUGGAAGUACACUUAUGGGCUGGCUUCCCUUGUGUCCAUUUGUCCUCUGUACGGGCAUUUCGGAAAAAUUUGGAGGGCACUGGGUCCAAUUUGUUUUGGAAGCUGCUGGAACUGAUAUCCUGGGUGCAGGAGGUAUUCAACACUUUUGCCAAGGUGAAAUUUUGCAUCGAAAAUGUCGCUUCGAUGGAUGAAGCGGCUCGGAGGCAAAUAUCGGCGGAGCUGGAGGUGAUGCCGGUUAAGCUGGACCCGGCCGAUUGCAUGCCCUAUUCGAGGCCCAGGCUGGCUUGGUGCUCUGAGGAACUUUUUCAGAUGGAAGGGCUAGAACUUUGGGAAGAAAGAGACUACGUGCGGGCAUAUGCAAGUGGUCCCGCUGUUGACACUCAGUGCUGGAUCCGCCCCGGGUGGUCUUGGCCGGGUGAGUCGUCCGGAGCACGGUCUCCCACUUUCAUGAAAGCGAUCAAGCGGGACCGACCGCCACCGGUACCUGCUGGCUACAGCCGUGCAAGUCCGGAUACGCUUUCCCGAUGGAGGGCGGGCUCUUUCAGGUACCCUCCGUACCAAUAUGCUGAACAGUUCCUGCUUACUCACCCUUCAAAGGAAGCCAGGCUUUUGGACAGCUCAGAAAGGGAGCUACUUUUGGGGUUUGGACCCCAUCACACGGCGACCUGCAUGUCGGCAUCCAAUAUGAAGCGGAGCCUUGAGCAGUAUGAAGAUGUUCGACGGAGCUUGUGCGGAGACUCUUUUUCAAUAUUUUCCUUUGCACUUAUGGGCGCAGUUUUGUGCUCAGAGUUUGUGCCUCGAAUGAGCCCACGCGUGAUUUUGCAGCGGCUAGGGCUGGCACCGGGCGCCAGCGCACACCCGCAGGUGCUGGUGCCCUUGACACGCUGGUUGGCGUAUGGGGGCGAUCCUUCUCUGCCGGCGAGUUCAAAGAUGUUGGUGGAGCAACUCGUUGUACGUCAAAUCGGCGCCAUACAGUUGGCGAUGGGUGCGCAGCUGCUGCAUGGGCACGUGGGCUCCUCGGAGAACCCCACAGAUGCGGCAUCCCGUCGCACGGCUCGAGAACGGCGGGAGAGGCGAGCUGGGUACAGGCUGAGAGACUUUUGCAUCACGCCUAAGACCCGUGCUCGCUACGAGCAAGCAGUGGGACGCCUUCUCCCUUUUCUGGAAAGACAAAGCAAUCUUUCCCAUUUGGAUGAUAUCAUUUGUGAAUGGAUUGAAAUGCAGUGGGCUCGUGGGAUGUCUGUGAACUCCAUUGCAGACACAUUAUCAGGUCUACACUGGUUCUGGCCUGAGAUUAGGGGAGCUCUACGUGAAGCUUGGCGGCUUUUCAAGCAAUGGAGGAGAGUCGAGGCCCCCUCGCGAGCCCCGCCACUUACGGUGCUGCUGGUUAAAGCCAUUAUUAGCCGUGCAGUGCAAAAGGGGGAUUUGUCAUUUGCAGUUUUGGUCGCGCUGGCAUAUCAUGCCCUGCUGCGAACCGGUGAGGCGUUGGCUCUCAGGUUUUGCGACUUGGAGUUUGGUUCGCGCUGUGGCGUGGUCUCCUUGCAGCAGAGUAAGUCUGGACUCCGCACAGGGUCCAAAGAAGCGGUGGCCUUGCGAGAUCGCAGUACUUUGCAAUUACUGGACACCUUGUGGAGCUGCCAUCGCCGUGUCUGGGGCCGUGGAAGUCCCAGUGAGCUGUCCUACCAUUCAUGCCUUUUGAAUAAAGGUAGGCAGGCUCUGAGGCGUGCCAUGUUCCGUGCCUUUCGGAGAUUG